AUGACAAGUGCCAAGUGCAUCCAAAAAAUAAAAUCAAGAAAGCAGUGUUUGACCUCAGUGCUAGGACCAUUAAUGGGAAGGUAUGGGACAAGAUUAGAGAAUGGAUGGGACUUGGGCACGAAAUGACUACUCUGCUUAGCUCAAUCAAAUGGAUCACGAAGACCCACAAAGGGUCAACAUUGAAAGCAAAAGCGGCAAGACUUGCGUUCUGUGCAUCGGUCUACUAUAUUUGGCAUACAAGAAAUGAGAACUUAUUUGAUGAUGGAACAAAAACAGAGGAUAAUGUGAUAGCAAAGGUCAAGCAUAUGGUAUAUAAAAUACUUUUUAGUAUUUACCCAUAUGA